GCGUGGCGUCACGCCUCCCGCAGGAGCGAGCAGGCAAGAAGACGAGGAAGAAAGAAAACGCACGGAUUUAGGCAACACGCUCGCACAAAUGUAGCGCGGGUUGCUUACCACCUUCCAGGAACAAAAUUUAAAAUUUUCGAAAAUUGUAAUUAAAAUAGCAAAGGUCACAGAUGCCGAGUUGCUGAUUUGAGGGCAACCUGGAUGACGCGCGCGCUGAGAACUUCAAUCAAACUUUAUCAAACUUUAUCCCAGCAACUGGAGGACAUGGAUGUGAAAAUUGGUCUGCUUGUGCAAAACAGAAUUUCCCUACAUGAUGUGCAAGCCCACCAUUCCCAAAUGUCCGAUCUUGCACGAGGCCCAAAGUCCUCAAUGUCGGAUCAGCCGUCAGUGGGGUGCAGCUUUUUGGGAGGCAAAGGACUCAAGUCCCUGACCAAGGAGGGCAGGCACCUGCUUGAAGGAUACCAAAACCUUUUCUACCUGCUGCAAACGCAGCCUCGAUAUUUGUCCAAGUUGUUAUUUUGCUUGCCGCAGAGCAAGUCCAUGCAUUUCCUUCAAGACGUAAUUUUCUCCCUUUUCAACUUUGGCUCCAGUAAGAGGGAUGAGUACAUGUUGUUGAAUCUUCUGAAAACGGCACUUGAGGAGGAAAUCAAAUGUAAAUUCAAGGAGCCUGUGGACAUUCUCAAAGUAUACCCUCAAGUCUUGAAAAUCGCCGUCAACUUUUCUCGUCAGCACUCUGGGCAAAAUGCGCUGCGUGAAAUUUUGGGUCCUCUCAUUCAAAGAGUGGUCAACGACAAAAGCACAGUUUUUGAAACAAAUCCUAUUGAGAUUUACAACAGCUGGAUCAACAAAAUGGAAAUGACCACAGGCGCAGCCAGUGAUCUGCCUCGAAACGUGACUGUUGCCGAAGCAUUGGCACACGAAGAAGUACAAAAGCGCCUUCAAAAAGGCAUUCAAAGUCUGCAGGAAACAGUGCGUCUCUUUCUUGAGCGAAUUUGUGAGGAGCGCGAGCAGCUUCCUUACAGUUUGUUGCACACGGCUCGCACUCUACACAACGCCCUUGCUCAAAGGUUCCCAGGUUUUCCCGAAAAAGAUCUUUUGAAGGUUAUUGGACACGUUGUUUAUUACCAUUUCAUUAAUGCUGCCAUUGUGGCCCCUGAUGCCUACGAUGUUGUCACCCUGCCUGCAGACAAAACCCUCACUGCAGAUCAGAGGAACAAUUUAGCUAGCAUUGCCAAAAUCCUUCAGUAUGCAGCUUCCAAGAAAGGGUUUGGUGAAGAGUCGUCGCACUUGAAAGUUCUCAACCCUUUCAUCAUACAGUGUCACGAAAAGUUCAAAAAAUUCCUCACUCGCUGCUGCCAAGUAGAAGACCUUGAAGAACACUUUGGAGUUCAUGCCUACUCGGAGGCCACCAUGAUUGUCAAGCCUACCAUUUUAAUAUCGCUGCAGGAACUCUGGGACACGCAUCAGUUAGUUUUGCAGUAUGAGGAUGACAUUGCGCCUAAACAAUCUGAUCCGUUGCAUUCUAUCCUUGAAGGCCUGGGUCCUUUGACUUCUGUACGCAAGUUGCUAGGAGGGAGCUCCACUGACUCCUUGCUUCCGAAGGGAGACAUAACCUUGACGCUGUCCAACAGUAAACUUGAGGUGCUCACAGAGCAGAUGUCAAAUGGAAAGCAAGAGCCAAAUCAAAGUCAAAUGUUCAUUAUGGCAAAAGAACUGCUUGUGGCGUUGCUUCCGUUCCUCAAAGGUUCAUCUUUGACGGAAGCUCUGGAUGCACAGGAGCUGCCGGGCCAAAAUGAACAAUUUCUCAAGCAGCAGAAUUCUAUCCACUCACAGCAGUCAGGAAACAAUUCAAAUUUGCAUCUGAGUAAGAGGCGCCUUCAACUCUGGCUUGGCAAAUUGGAACAACAGGGGCUGGUGUCCUCUGAAAACGACUACCAGCAACUUCUUUCCUCCGUGGCCAAAGACAUUAUCAACAGAGGCCAAUAUUGCCAGGCUAGGCGCAACGAAAUGGUCCUUUUAAAAAACACCAUCAGCAGUUUGGAGCAGAAAAAUCAGUGGUACCAAAAACAAGUCGAAUUUUACAACAAGUACAUUGAAACUUGCCUGGCAAGCCUGGACAGUGGAAAGAAAAGGGUCCACACUCUGCGCCUCUCAGGGCAGCACCCAGGCAAGGCCAAGACGCAGAAGGUACUUAAGUACACUGCAGCCCAGCUGCACGCAAAAGGAGUGCUGCACCAAAUGCAGGGUCUGCCGUCUAACCAAUUCAAGAGCGUCCAAUUUGAAAUCUCACCCUCCGAGUCUGUGGGAGUUUUCCUCGUCAAAGGAUGUUUCAUGGGCAUACCCAUGGACAGUGCAGAAAUCGACAUUCAGGAGUUGCUGCAGCUUCAGUACGAGGGCAAGGCGAUCAUGGAUAUGUUUGGAAAAGCAAAGGUCAAUGUUAACCUGCUGCUCUUCCUGCUGAACAAGAAGUUCUAUGGAAAAAGUUAAAAAUUUACCAAUAUAUGUAUUUUGGGAAACUCGUCGCUUGCUGCAUUCCUUUCUAGUAGAUGAUUGAAAAGUGAACUAACCUGACUUUUUACUUCACUUAACUUGCAUUCUCUAAGUCUUCAUGUGAUUUUCAAUUUCCUAGCUUCUUUACUUGUUUCUAUUGUGUAGUGAAAGAAUUACCGAAUAAUAUUAAAAAUAAAACUCUUGUUUAUCAUGA